AUGAAUAAGAUUAAGUUAUUAAUAUACAUUUUGAAAAUAUUUCAGGUACUUUUGGAGAUUAUAGAAGGAGCAGUUAAGAAGGUUCCGAUAGUGAGUUCUUCGGGGCUUGUUUGUGAAGAUAACCCAUCUGUAGCGGAGAGUGGUUAUUCAUGCUCAUUUCUAGCAAGGAGGUUUGGAGGGUUCCUUGGGUGUGAAAAGUUACUAAAGGAUCUAGCUCAAGAUAGUUUGCCUCCAGGGAUACCUGGGAGUACAAGAGUAGUGGAUGCAUGCCCAAAUUCAUGCAAUAAAUGCCGUGAAUGUUCCCCAGGGUGUGCCUUGUGGUUCAUAGGAAACGGAGUUUGUGACCCAGAGUGUGACAAUCUUUCGUGUCAGUUUGACGGAGGAGAUUGCUGGAAAGUGGACUGUAAACUCUCAGCUUGGUCUUCAUGGUCAACAUGUUCUGUAACCUGUGGGCCAGGAGGAAGAGUGACUAGAACAAGGCAAAUAGUAGUAAGUCCAAGAAACGGAGGAGAAUCAUGUGGAGCUCUCAAAGCUGAAGAGACAGGCUGCAAUUCUCAUAUUCCUUGUCCUUUAAGCUGCACAGUUUCUGAGUGGGGGAGCUGGUCACGAUGCUCUUCUACUUGUGGAAUAGGUCAUCAAAUGCGAGAAAGAUCAGUAAUAAAAGCUCCAAAAGACCAAAAUCUAUUUCAGUGCCCAGAAACUAGGCAGAUAAGAGAAUGUAUCCAAGAUACAUGUUCAAGUAAUUGCACUUUGGGAGAUUUUAAGUUUAAAUCAGCGGUUUCUGGAACCCCCUGUUUAAUGGAACAAGGAUGUGUGGAAAGGAGAGAGAUCUUGUACCCUCCUUUUAAGCCUGAGCUAGGAAACUUUACUUGUAUUAUGGAGGAAAGACCUUCCGACUGUUCAGGGCUACAUUUAAACUGUCCAGGUCUCUGUAGCUUUUCCGAGUGGUCAGGAUGGUCUCUGUGUUCAUAUUACAAAAAUGAGGGUCUUGGAUUUGAGGGAGAGGUAUCAAAGUAUAAAUUGCUAAAGAAGAGAAGAAGAAUAGCAAGAAAGAGAAUGAGGGAUGCAAAAUGUGAGGAUGAACUAGAGUUUAAAGAAUGUGAUGAAUCAGAAAGACAGGGAGUUGAAGCCUUGGUUAGAUGUAACAUGGGAGACUGGUCUUCUUGGUCUUCGUGCUCUACAAGUUGUGGUCUUGGAUCCAGGCUAAGAGCCAGAUGGCUGUUAAGUGAACCUGAAAAUGAAGAGGUUUUAUCCGAAAAUCUCAUAAAUACGGAAAGUGUCUGCGGUCCUCUUUUCCAAACUAAAGCUUGCAAUGACAGAUCAUGCUUAACAGAAGUAUGUAAGGUAUCUGAUUGGACUCAGUGGUCGCCUUGCUCAAGCAAGACUUGUAAUUCUCCAGGGCUUUCAAAGAGGCAUAGAAGUAUAAUAUCAUUACCAAGAAAAGGUGAUUGUCCGGUCCUAGAAGAAAGUAGAGACUGUUUAGGAGUUUGUGACCACUCCGUUUCAGUCAGUAAGUCCAACUGUAUGUUUGGAGAUUGGUCAUCCUGGUCAUCAUGUCAAGAUGAUUGUUAUACUAAGUAUAACAACAAAGGUACUACAGAAAGAAGUGAAAAAGAAAGACCAAAAAGAUACAGACAUAAGAUGAUUAUAUUUAACCCAAAGGACAAGGACUGCUCCAAGGAAAACGAUUAUAUUGAGGUUAAGGACUGUGAAGGGGGUUGUGAAAGUGCAAAUGUAGAGAUUUGCCAGGUAACGCAGUGGGGAUCUUGGAGUAGUUGUAGUGCAAAUUGCGAUGGAGGCUCAAGAAGGAGGAUUAGGGAGAGGGUGAAUUCAGGAAGAGGAAUUGUAAAGGCAGGAUCACGCCCGCUCACCAGAGGGAUUUCUAGUAGCUGUCCUUCCCUAUUGGAAGUAGAAAAAUGCAAUACUCACCCUUGUGAGUAUAGCUGUGAGCUUUCCCCAUGGUAUUCAAAAACCAGGAAAAGUAUUGGUACUCAGGACAGGAGAGGAAGUAGAGGUGAUGGAGUAGUAGAUGAGGAAAAUAACGAGGAUUUAGUUAUUUCAGAUUGCUCCACAAAGUGUGGGAUUGGUUAUAUAGAAAGAUCAAGAAAAAUUCUGAGUGGAGGAUUUGUUAUUUCCAGUAAUGAGGAGCAAAAUCAAUAUACGUCCAAAGUUUGUGGCCCUUUGAAAGACACUAUUAAGUGUGUGAGAAUUUCGGAAGGAUGUAAUGUAGAUUGCCAGGUUGGAGAAUGGAGUUCUUGGUCAGUUUGUUCAACAAGCUGUGGAGAAGGUUUUCAGAGCAGAUCUAGGGAACUUUUAGUUCCUUCCCUGGGGAAAAAAUGUGAGCUCGCUACUGAAGAGCUGAGGGAAUGCUUUGAGGGACCUUGUCCAAGCUCUUGCCGAGUUUCACCCUGGUCUGAGUGGACAACGUGUCUUGGAGGGUGCGAUGAGAAACCCUAUAAAAGAAGGGAAAGAAAGAUUUUGGAACCACCUGCAUCUGGGCAGAGUUGUCCAGUAUUAGAGGAGACUUUAGAUGCUAAUGAAGAAUGUCCAAGAAGUGAAAAGUGUCCUUCUGACUGCAAAGUAGGGGAAUGGUCUUCCUGGUCUGAAUGCGACGCAAAGUGUGGGAUUGGAGUAGAAAAGAGAGUUAGAAAGGUGUUAAGAAGGGAAUCUAAGGGAGGUGCUCCAUGUCCUAAUCUGGAAGAUUUGCGUCCUUGCUCUAGAGAGGCUUGUAAAUCCGAUUGUGUCUUAGGAGAGUGGGGAGACUGGGGAGUUUGUAGCAAAAGCUGUGGAGGAGGUUCAAGGUCUAGAGUUAGGGAGGUGAUUUCACAGCCUAGCCAAGGAAAGGAGUGUGAUUUCCUGAAAGACUUUGAACCAUGUAAUGAGUUCCAGUGUAUUGCAACUCGUGACUGUGAAGUUGGUCAGUGGUCUGUCUGGUCUCCUUGUUCUGCAAGUUGUGGUGGGGGAGUUAAAAGACGGCAGAGAGAAAUACAAGUUCCGGCUACAGGAGGUGGUAGAUGUGAAUUUGAACUUAAUCAAAAAGUGGGAUGUAAUGGUUUUAAAUGCCCAGGAGAACCUUGUAUAGAUAGGCCAGAAGCCCAGGAGGUAGUACCCUGUUCUAUUCUAAAAGCAAUGUUUGGUUGUCAGAAGCGAUUAAUUGAUGUGGCCAAGUCAAACGGAGUACCUUAUCCAGAUGAUCGUCCACCAGAAGCAAGAAUUAUGGAUGGAUGCCCAGCCACAUGUGGAAUGUGCUCAGAGUGUGCUCCAGGAUGUCAACUAAGAGACGUAGGUAAUUUGAACUGCGAUCCAGCCUGUAAUAAUGUGGCAUGUAGGUUUGAUGAUGGAGAUUGUGAAAAGAAUAGUUCUCAUAAAGCUUCAUGUAUUCUCCCGAAGCUUUCAGAGGCUUUUCUAUUUUUGUCAAAAAGGGAGUAUCAGGGGAAAAAAAGUGGAAACGACUUUUUAGAGAUAGGAGCUUCAAGCCAAAGUACUAUAGAAAGUCAGAACACUGUGAAAGAUAGUAGUGACAAUAGUCUGAUUGUGCUGGAGAAUAAUACUUCUCAAUUUGGGUUAAACAACCUUUCUGGAAUGGUUGAGGAUGGUUUUACAGGUAAUCAGGUUCAGUCCCAAGAAAUGGAAUUUUCUCAUGAAGAAUAUAAUGAACGUCAUGGAACUGAUGGUAGUAAUACAAUAAGAGAGUACAAGAAAGGGGAUAUUGUUUACAUUAGGUGUGAUCAAGGGAAGAGGUUCAGAAAGUACACAGCUAUUCCUUAUUUCAAAUAUCAGUGUAAGGAAAGUGGAUUUAUUCAACUAAUUGAACCAAAGGGAACACCUUUGCUAUAUGUAGAUGGAGACGGUAUCCCAAGAAUUCCUACAUGUGAGGAAGAUGAAUGCCCAUAUUUGAUGGUACAAGAGGCUCCUCAAAUGAUUGGGACUGUAAAUACCUUAUAUAAGAGAGAUUUAAAGCACUCAUAUACAUAUAUAAUGUACAGAGACAUAGGUGAACCAAUAUUUAUAACAGGUGAUCAUCAGAGGAUUAUAUUGGGUCCAGUUGGAACACUUUACUUGAUUUCAAUUGACUCUUUCUACCCAGAAUUUGGAGAUCCCUCUUUUGAAAAGUAUAGAUUGUGGAGCUUGGUUGAUAUUUCUCAGCAAAAAAUUAUUCAAGAAUUUGUGGAGCUUAGGCUGGUUUGUGUAAAAGACCCUAAUUCUUUAAACAGUAAUGUAAUGAGCUCCAACUCCAGUACAGAUUCUGAGAUUGUUAAGGCUUCAUUCAAUAGACCAUUAAGGUUUCUAUCUCAAGUGUCUUCUUCGAGAUCAAACUUGGGUUCCCAGGUAGUGAAUUAUAAAGCUCAUGUUGAAACUGAAAAUUAUGGAAGAAGUCUACAAGAGAAGCCAUACACUUAUGUAAUGGGAAAAAAGAGGUUUUGUGAGGACCAACCGGAGGUAAAGGAACAGGGGAUACUUUGUGAGACUUUGUCAAUGAUGUGUGAUAUUAACAUUCCUAACCCCCAAAAUUACGGAUUACCAGAAAAUAGUUUUGUCUGGCAAGUUUGCCCCUCAACUUGUGACAAAUGUGGAGAAUGUUCACCAGGUUGUCCUGAAUGGUUUAAAGGGAAUACUGUAUGUGAUAAGGCAUGUAAUAAUCAAGCAUGUAACUUUGAUGACGGGGAUUGUGAAGGAGUUAUAAAUGGACAGGACGAAGAAAAACACUCAGAAGAUAAUAAGCUGGAUGAAAGAAAUAGAAAUGAUGGGAAGGAUCAUACAGAAUAUAAUGAUUAUGAUCAGAAAAACACCAAUAAGGAUAACAAAGAUUCCAUAGAUCUACAAAAUAAUGUAGUUAUCCCAGAAGGUGCAAUUACUUAUUUUGCAGGGAAGUUUAGAAACUGCACAGAUAUUCCUGAGCUGAUAGAUUCUCUUGCAAGUUGUAAAGCUUUAAAACAGACUUGUCACUUAAAACUACCUCUCUCUGCCUCCUCUUUGGAGGCAGGGUUAUCUCACUCUUCAACUAUUAGCCAGGUUUGUCCAAAAACAUGCGGUAUUUGCGAAGAAUGUGCUCCAGGAUGUCCAAAAUGGUUCAUUAACAAUGGGUAUUGUGAUGUCAGCUGUCAAAAUCCAGAGUGUCAAUUUGAUGGUGGGGAUUGCUCAGAUGAAAAUAUUACUAGUAAACCAAAAUUACCCAUAAAGAAUCCCAAUGAUUCCAAGAAUUCCCCUAUAAGUACUUCAAAUCAGUAUACUAACUCGAGUUCUAACAAGAAUAAUAACUCUGAAAAGAGCUGCAUAGAUCACCCAAUCAUAUUUGAAGUAUUUAAAAGGAGCUGUGAGGAGCUUAAAACAAGUUUUGGAUGCAGUAUAACUUUGGAGAAAAUUUUCCAGAGUAGAGAUCAGCUCCCAGACAAGAUUAAACCAGGUACCAAAUUAAGAGAUUUAUGCAAGCUUACAUGUAAGAACUGUUCUAAUAGGAAGGACGAGAACAGGAAUAGUAAUAAUGGAAGGAGAGAACAAACAGGCAGUAAUCUGGAAAAUAAAGCAGAAAGGCCUUAUACUAUAGUCUUCAAUGAAAGGAGGUACUGUGAAGAUCAGCCAGAAGUUGCAAAGAAGGGAAUCAGUUGCAAGAACCUAUCUUCGAUGUGCAAUGCAUCAAUUCCAGGAGCAAAGACUUAUGGGCUUCCUGAUGGGACUCCAAUUUGGAGAGUGUGUCCUUCAACUUGUAACAAAUGUGGAGAAUGUUCUCCAGGUUGUCCUGAAUGGUUUAAAGGGAAUACUGUAUGUGAUAAGGCAUGUAAUAAUCAAGCAUGUAACUUUGAUGACGGGGAUUGUAAAGGAGUCAGAAAUGAAGAGGACGAAGAAAAAAAAAUACUAAAUAAAGAUGAUGAUAUUUCUAAUAGUGAAAAAGAAUAUGAGAUUGACUCUAGAGGAAAAAUUAUAAAUGGCAAGAAUUCUGAUAGAGAUAAUAAGGACAAAGAGUCUGAUUUGGAUAGGAAAUUCUUCUCAAUGCUCAAGGAAAAAGGACAGAAAUGUAGAGAUGAUCCACAGGUAGAAGAACUUUCUGGUUUUAGUUGCGAGCAAAUUACUUCUAUUUUUGAUUGUUCUACAUUAUUGAAAGACCUCCCAGGGUCAUCUAUACCUGAUGAUGUUCCUAAAGAUACUUUACUAAAACACGCAUGUGCAGAAUCGUGUGGUCUAUGUGAAGCUUUUAGUAAUGACAAGAAAUCCACAGGAAAGGAGAGAGAAGAGAAGGAACAUCAGGAAAAUAAGAUAUGUAAGGAUGAUGUAUAUAUUUCUUUUGUAACAGGAAGAUGCAGAGAUAUUAUGAACUUUUCGAUAAAUAUAUCAGAGGUUUGUAAUGAGUCACUUUCGGAAAGAACCGUUUUAAGGGAUAAUAGAAAGUCUUCAACAUUUAGCAUGAAUAGAAAGGUGUAUGAACACUGUCCAAAAUCUUGUGGAAGAUGUAGAAGUGAAUGCGAGGAUGAUUCAAAGCUACUACCAGGAGAGUGUAGGAUUGCAAUAGAGACAGCAAGUAUUCAGGGAUAUGGGUGUGAUAUGCCCUUGUUACAGGUCAGCUUUUCUUUAGCUGAAAGAUUUGGAGAUGAGAAAGAAUAUCUUCUACUAAGCGAUGUAUGUGCUAGAUCUUGUAAUUACUGUAGCCAAUCUCAAGGACUUGGAACUGAUUCAUUACUGGAUAACAGAUCCUCUGAAUCUUUUUGUUCAAUAAAAUCCACAAAAAAUUGGGGUAAUGGGUAUUUGUUGGAAUUGAAACCUUCCAAUACAAAAGAUGAAGGAUCAGGACCAAAAACAGGAGUAUUCCCAGAGAACAUGGAAAAAAAAGAGGAUGUUCGCUCAUUAUUGGGAGGAAGUAAAUUAAUAGUCUCAUGUAAUUCAGGAUACUCAUCUUCUGAUAAACAGGAUUCAGUGGAAGCUAUUUGUGACAUAAAAAGCAGUGUUUAUAUACUUCCUGAGACAUUUAAGUGUGAGGAACCACAUGUUGAGGUAAUGCAGGUGGAGUUGGAAAUCAAUGAAGCAUCAGAUUUUGAUUUUACUGCAGUAUCUUCAAUUUACACUGCCUUGUACUCAACUCUUCCAGUAUAUCAGCCUAAUGGGUUAAGAAUAGAGGCAAUCAGCACAACAAGAUUCGAGAAUAUUUUGGGAGAUGGCCAACAAACUAUUAAAUGUGAGGACCAGAAUCAUCAAUUGAAGUCUUUUGGAAUCAACUGUUCUAUGCUUAAGCCAUUUUGCUCAAAGACUUUGGAAGAACUUGCAAAACAAUUUAACAGAAGCAUUCCAGAUGGAGUUUCUGCAGAUAUAAAGGUAUCUAUUGCAUGUCCAAUAACCUGCGAUAACUGCAAAGAGUUCUUGGAAGUUUUGAAUAACUUAAGAAACGAGGAGAAUGAAGAGCAGGAUCAGGAUGACGAAGAAAAAAGAGAUAGUGAGAGAGUUGAGACUCAGGUAGAUAACGCUGAAAGGAGACGAAAGAGUCAGAAAAAGGAUCAAGGUGGGAUUAGUGAGGAAAUAUUAGGAAGAAGAAACUCAGAUCUCGGAUCAUUGUAUGUAUUGUUUAAUGUUGGGUUCUUUUUAUCCUCAUCAAGAGGAAGAGAGUCAUCAUUUGAGGCAGCUCUAAAAGACCGAGCCAUUUCAAAGAGAUUUGUAACAACUUUAAAAACUCAAUUUGCUUCAAGAGGAAUAAGGUUAGCACCAAAAGAGUUUGAUAUUAGAAGUUGGGACUCUCAACAGGCAAUAGUUUCUAAUUCCAAAUUAGCUUCAGAAGAUACAGCAGAUAGGAAGAUGAAGAGUAGGUUUAAAAGACAUAGAAUGAUAAGAAUUCUCAAGUCAGACUGGGACAAAUUCUAUUCUGGACAAAAAGGAGUUGGAAUGGAUGAGGAGGCCAGAAACCUAUUUUAUACUAGUGGAAUAUCCAUGCCAUUUAUUAGAAGUUCUCGUUUUGGAACAAAAGAAGCAGUAUUUUUGAAGAGACCUCUCAAAUACCUUCAGAACGCUUACUUGAAAUGUGGAGGAAAAGGUAUAUUCUCUAAUUCUCCAAUUUCAAUGUCUUCUUCCACAAACCAAUUUUCUUACUCUGUUAAAAACCGAAAUUCAGGAUAUGUAGAGCAAGACAACUCAUGUUGUGGGUUACCUCAGGAUUUCAGAACAAUCCUAAUAAGUGAAGGCUGUGGAUCUUUAAUUUAUGACAGAAUACCUGACAAGAUUCAAAUGGAUCUUUUUUGUAGAGGCACAAGCUUAGCAAGGAAUUCUUGUUUCCUUCGUCUUCAGGAAGUUAUUAAUAGAUAUAAAAACCGCAGAGGAACACUAUGUAACACAGUUGAGUUUGCCCAACAACUUUUAGAUUCUUGGUGUUACAUGUCUCCAAGUAACAAUACAUCCAAAAGUUUAGAGAAAGAAAAUGGGACAGAGUCUAGUGAGACAGAUCUUGAUUACCAAGUAGGCUUGAUUUCUAACUCCAAUUCAGAGUCUAUUUCAGACUCUGGAUCAGGUUUGGAGUUAAACCAAAGUUAUAAUUCUGGUGGUAAAAAAGAAAGUCAGAGUAGGGGUUUGUCAAGAGGGAAUAAUUCAAAAAAAGAGACUAAUGGAGAUUACUGUUUCAGUAGUAUUAAGGAAACUAUUUCUGUUGGUAUGGAUUCUCAGGAAUUUGUUUCAGCUACCUUUGAUACUUUUAAAUCAAGGUGUCAUCCAGAUAGCUGCUUUAGAAAUCAUUUGAGGUACUUUGAUGCAAUUACUCAGCUCCACACAGCCUGGGGAUACCCUCUUCCGAGCUCACCUCUAAAGAAGUCAGACUUUGGGACGGGAACUUCAUCAUCAAUUUCAGGAAAUAAAUCAACUUCAUUCUCAAGAUCCAAUACUGGUAAUAUAGAAACUGAAGGAGUAACAGGGUCAUCAACAAAUAGCAAUACAUAUUCUAAUUUAGAGGUUUUAUUGGAGGAAUCUAAUGAAGGCUGGCUUGAUCUUCUUUGUACUAGUACGUCAACUGGGACUCAUUGUCAGGAGUCUUUGUCAAUAUUACUAGAGAGAAAUCCAAUCAAGAGCAAAACUCUUUUAUUGAAUCCAUGCCAUUCAAAAUGUUUCAUGAUAGUGGCUGGACGAAUUGGAUCUUCACUACAGAGAUUUGGGCAGCUGGCAUCGGAUCCUCAGUCUGAGUCACUUGGUUUGUUGUUGAGACAUUAUUCCAGACACUUUUGUGUAAAGAACUCAAAGGGACAAUCUUGUGGACCACUAUUAUUUGCAGGAGCAUCAUUUGCUUUGGAAGCUUCACUUUCUCAUAAACAGAACAUGGCAAAAGAAGCUCAAGCAGAUAAGAUAAAAAACACAAAUAUAUCCAAAGAAAACAGAAGCAGUGUUUCUGGAUUUGGACUUGAGAAUCAAAAGUUAAGAGAAGAAGAGAUUAACAACUCUGAUGAAGAUUGGAACAGAAAUUUAGAGAAAAAACCUUACUUGGUUGGAGGAAUGGAUAGGGAUGGCUCAAUGAUUGGUUUCCAAACGCAUAAACUGGAGAAUUAUUGUAACAGUGGUUGCUUUAGUUACUAUGUUGGAGAUGGGAUGUGUGACUUACAAUGUUUCAAUGAAGCUUGUAGUUGGGAUAAAGGAGAUUGCCAGUCUUCUUCAAUGUAUCCUGAGAUUUACCAGCCUUUAGAGGAUCUUUUUAAGGGGUGUCUUGCAGGCUCAUCUUCAAAGACGGGCGGAGUGAAACAAGGAGGAACAUGUUCUACGACAUGCAGAGCAAGGUACUCAAUUUUGGCAGAAACUUUGGGAUGUUGUACUUCAGUAGCUGUUGAUCUGUAUCAAUCUUUGACACAGUUACUUGAUGAGCAGCCACAAGGAGGAUUUUUAAAGCCAGGAGAAUCAUUUUCUUCGUCCUUAAAUUCAAUGUGGUCUAUUUCACGACUUGAGCAAAUGUGUGGUAUGAGCUUGGACAGAACAUGUUCAGAUGGACUUCCAAGAAUAUUAACCAGGAUGACUUUAGCAUUAGAUCAUCCGGAUUCGGGGUUAGCAGAGGAUCCACAGACUCCUUUGGCUGUUUCCAAGGUAGUAAGUAGAAGUCUUGGGAUUUUGGAUUCUGAUAUAACAAAGGUUUUCUUCACUAAUAAUACUCCCUAUUCACAAACAAACCCAAAAGACUUUAAGUUUUUAGUAGACAUUGUGAUUGACACAGGAUCAACUGAACUGAUCGAUUUGGAUGAUAAGUUACUUUUGGAAGGACAAAUUGAUAAAUUACAGAGAAGAUGGGGAUUAGAGUUCUGCUAUGAGCUCGGAGAUUCACAUGGUGAAGAGUGUAGAGUUAGAUUGGUGGAAGUGGUUUCAGAGCCUACCUCCUCACUAGGUAUUUCCAAUUCCACAGCCCCAGCAUUACCAUGGAUGAAUUCCAUUGGAUUUUCAUACUUAAAUAAAGAUUUACCAUCAGAACCAUGCUCUAUGAAUCACCAAUAUUUACAAGAUGCAAGUAGAUAUAAAUUAAUUUCUAUUUCAGGCCAAUCUAGUUCUUCUGGGGCAGGUUACACCUCUUCACCAGGAUAUGGAGUUACCAACAAUCAUAAAUCAAUGAGCCAUGGCUCUAAGUUCUCAAUUUCUUGUUCAAACAAUCACUAUUCCCCUUCAAGUGGAAGGUCUCCAGAUACCUUAACCUGUAAUAAUGGAAGGUGGGAAACUUCUUCUGGUCUUAGAUGCAACAGAAAGUGUUUGUCUUUUUCAGAGCUUCCAACUGGUCUGAAAUUCAAAGAGAAUUCUGGUGUAUUUGGUUCAAAAAAAGAGCAGGACCAGAUGGUGAAUCAUGGAUUUAAAGUCCAAGUAGAAUGUUUCUCUGAUGAUUAUAGAAGUACCUCAGCCAUCAUAGAAGACACUAUUCAGUGCAUGGACGGAGUUUGGACAGCUCCAGUAUUAGAAUGCAGAAAAUCUUGCACUAACUUAAGUUCCAAAAGCUUGGGAUCCAGUAGUACUGUAGUUGGGAGGGAAUAUAGACACAAUGAUCAGAGAAUGGUAUUUUGUAGUGAUGAUCACUAUUUAUCUCCAAAAUCUGGAAAGUCCGUUAUUCCAAGCCGUUCAAGAUCAUCUAAAGAUAAGAAAGAAACAAAAAAGAAAGACCAGUUAGUUAAUGAAAGUAAUUCAUUGAUAUUAGAAGAAGAAUUGCAUAUUUCAAAGAGCUACAAGGGUAUUUCAACAUUGGAUGAAGCAAUUGGAAGAGGAUAUUAUUUGUUAACUUGUAACAAUGGAACUUGGGAGUCUGAGCCUUUAAUAUGUGUUAAAGGGACUUUAACAGAUUACAGUAAAAUUAAAAAAGGUAUAGAAGUUACCAUGACUCACAUAUUCUCAAUUAAAACUCUGAUUGCUUGUCUUGUGAUAAUUUCUACUAUAUUCAUUAUAAUUAUUGGGAUUUGGCUUGCUUGGAUAUUUAGAUAUAGGAGACAAACUGAAAUCCAUGAUAUGGAUCAGUUUGAAAGAGUUGAAAAUGCCAGAAGGGUACUACUCCAGCUUUCUGGUGUAGGAUACACAGAGAAUAUAAGUUAUGAUCAAACUACAGAAAAUUCAAAUAUAAAUCUCCAAGGCCAAAAUGAAUUUUCCAAUCGUAUUUCUUCACCUCCCUCUUCCUCUUGGGAAAGCUUAAAUAACUUAAUUGAUCAAGGUAAUUGUAGGAACUUGACUCAAAAAGCAACUUAA